CAUAUAUUCACUUGUGAAUGGGUAUAUCUAUAUCUUUAUCAACUGCAGGUCUAUAUAAAGUCAGCUGGGUCUUUCUGCAGGUGCAUCCUCUUCAGGGAUUGCAGUACAUCACGUCAACGUUUCUGCUCUACUUUUGGUUCAGUGUGAAGCUGAAGAUGCGUCUGUUUGUUGUCUCUGUGCUGCUGGUGUUCAGUUUUCCAUUGAUUGUGACUAAACUUGUAGAUUCAUUCAGUAAAUGCGGUCAGUUUUUUCUAGAAGCACAGCCUCCGGUCAUUCCUGACAUUCUGAAGGAUUCAGUUUCACAGGACAACAACCGCUACAAGCUCAUCUGCCAAGGAAAAGAUAAAGCUUACUUUGCAACUCUCUAUGACACAACCAAGAAGAUCCCUGUUUUCUCAGCGUACAACUAUAUUAAAACUGACGUAAAAACCAAAAGAAAGAAAACCUUUGUGAUUGACACUGAGCUUCAAGACGCUCAAGCUAAAAAUGAAGACUACAGACAGUCAAACAAGAUAGAGAUGUCUCGAGGUCAUCUAUUUCCAAAAUCUUAUGCAGUUGAUCAAGAAGCUGCUUAUGCUACAUUCACCCUGACCAAUGUUGUGCCACAGCAGAAGAAAUUUAAUAAUGGUGAGUGGAGUAAAAAGGAAAAUGAGUUUAAAAGCAGCAUGGAUACAGACUGCUUGAGCAAUAAUGGUAGACCUGAAGCCUUUGUGGUGACCGGAGCGAUACCUAGUGAAAAGACAUUAUUGAAUGACAAAGUAAACAUUCCCACUCACAUGUAUAUGGCCUUCUGCUGUUAUAACAAAAACACAAAGAAAUGGGUGACCAAGGCGUACUGUGCCACAAAUGAAGAAAACAGCAGAGCAGUGCUUCCAGGAGAAACCCUGGCUGCAUUACAGGCGUUCCUGAAUAUAAAACUCUUUCCUGACAAAUGUAAAUAACAGAGUUAGGAAUUCAAGGAUUGUUUUAGUUAACGUGUCUUUAAUCGUGUCUUUUCACGCUUGGAGAUGACUAGAAUCCACAGCUUGCUCUGUCUUUUGCUUAUUUCGCAAAAAAAA